AUGCUACGUCAUUUGGUUAAUGUGUUGCGCUAUAUAUUGCAAGCGGUUCGAAAAAACAUCAAGCCACUCAUCUUGAUAGCAUCGUUUUUUACGUUUAUAUGGCUUAUAGCGGAUACAGUGCAUCGCCCAGAAUUUGUGCGACAUGCAUCGAAACAUACAUCGCGAUUUGGAAACCAUUCAAAUAACCAAAAUGAACGAUGGGAUCAACGGUCAGUUGAACUGUUUCUAGAUCUGCUAGAAAUUGAUAUCAACGCUACGAGUGGCCACGAGAUAGAGAAAGUUACAGAACCAUGCCCAUCGGCAAAUACAUUGCUGUUUACAGCUUUUGCCGGAAGCUCAAUGUCGGAAAACUUAUGGCAUUACUUCUCUCUGAUAGCCAUCCAAAAUAGCUUACUUUCAGCAAUGAGCACAACACGGAUACAAAUUUUAUUGACCGGUUCGGCGCGGUCAGAGCUAAGCCAGCUCUUUACGAGUUUACCAUUUAAAGUAGUUGAUCUGGAAACGAUUCAAUGUUAUUACAUUCCGGCAGCGUGCAUUUUAAAUAGCAGCACAGACAUCGAAACAGCUGAAGGCAAAAAACAGCUUUAUAUACUGAACAACCAAGCCAAGCGUUUGGAUGAGAUCUCAAAAGUCUCAUGGGAGCAACAGAAAGAGUAUUUCAAUAUUCGCACGGAAACGCAAAACACUGUCUACGACGUUCUAAAGAAAAUACAUCAACGCGCAAAACUAUACGGUGAUGAGGAUGAUGUGACCAAUCUUCAGCUAGUUGGUAUACAUAUUCGAGAGGAAGAUGCGUUACCUUUCGAAUAUUACUAUCGUGCCAUUACUUUUCAACGAAAAAUGCAUGAUACUGGCAUGUUGUUGUUUGUAGUUAUUUGCGAAAAUCCCAAAGGUGCGAUUUGUAAUACGUUGCACUCACAAAGCGAACGAAUUGAAGUUAUAGCAGAACACGAUGAACUUGAUGUUGAUUUUGCCUUAAUGACGGUUUGUAAUCACACGAUUGUAUCAAAUGAACGUGACAUUUUUCCGGCCCUGCUCCGUGGGGUAGGAAAUACUGUUGUCUUUGGUCAACCAAAUAAUCGUAGUCAAUACAUCGACGAUCUAGCCAACUAUUUGGAGAAUUGGUACAGUAUUGUUUAG